AUGUAUCCUACAUCUCCUGGUUUACAAAUCUGGGGAAAUAAGAGGUUUGAGAAACGUCAUCAGCAACCUUCUCAACCUGUCUCUCAACCCAGUAACAACCAGACCAUACAGAGUAAUACUAAUUCAAUCAAGAAUGAACAGGUUCCUAAAUCUGUGUGCAGUGAACUCUGUCUUGCUGGCUUUAGGAAAGCUGCCCGUGUUGGACAGUCUGCCUGCUGCUUUGAUUGUGUCCCAUGUUCCAAAGGAGAAAUUUCAAAUAAAACAGAUGCCAUCAACUGUAUAACAUGUCCUGAAGACCUAUGGUCAAAUGAGAACAGACAGAAAUGCGUUCCAAAAAUGAUUGAGUAUCUCUCCUUUAAUGACUCUUUGGGUUCAGCGUUAGCAAUAAUAGCAUGUGCAUUCUCAGUGAUCUCGGUAUGGAUCCUCAGCAUUUUCAUCAAGUUUCGGGACUCUCCGAUAGUUAAAGCCAAUAAUCGUGAACUUAGCUAUGUGCUGCUGUGUGGUCUUACAUUGUGUUUCAGCUGCUCUAUUAUAUUCAUAGGGAAACCACACUACAUAAGUUGCAUUUUUCGUCAAGUGGCGUUUGGCGUGAUGUUUUCUAUUUGUGUUUCCUCGCUUCAGGCAAAAACUGUAAUUGUAAUUAUUGCAUUUAAAGCAACAAAUCCAUCUAGCAAGCUGCGUCUAUGGGUAGAAUCGAGGUGGAUUCCAUAUUCCAUUGUGAUGUUUAGCUCUGUUAUGCAACUUAUUAUUUGUACCAUUUGGCUAACAGCUGCGAUUCCAUUUCCACAGAAGAAUAUUAACUCUGAAAUCGGAAAGAUAAUACUUGAGUGCAAUGAGGGCUCUACUGUCAUGCUAUACUGCAUGCUGGGUUAUUUGGGAUUUUUGGCUACAGUCUGUUUUAUAGUUGCUUUCUUAGCAAAAAAUUUGCCUGGUUCUUUUAAUGAGGCUAAGCAUAUUACUUUCAGUAUGCUUGUUUUUAUAAGUGUCUGGCUUUCUUUUAUUCCAGCAUAUGUCAGUACUAAAGGAAAAUAUGUUGUUGUUGUAGAAAUUUUUGCAAUCUUGGCUUCCAGUGCUGGAUUACUACUUUGUAUAUUUAUACCCAAAAUAUAUGUAAUUUUAUUAAAGCCAGAUAUGAACAUAAGAGAAAAAUUAACAGGGAAAUAG